ACGCUGCUUGAACAUGCUGAGUUGUAAGCUGUCAUGAAUGUCCAUUGCAUUAUCAAUAUUAAGUAUUUAUAUUCGUUCAUAUAAUUAGCAGACCCUAUGUAUUUAUUUUCGACCACGGCAGUGUACUUCAGGGGAAGCAGCAAUGGCUGCGUCAUGGACAGAGCGCCAAGGAUUGGUCGGUGAUCUUCGUAGCAAGAGCAAAGAGGAGCUCUGUGAGCUACUCCUACGCCAGGAGAAAUUACUGAAUAACAAGAGGUUCAUCCACACCCUGCCUGAUAAGGGCAAGAAGAUCUCCGAGUUUGCUGAGCGCGUCCGUCAGGCCCUCGUCCACGUCGAGGAGGCGGAGAGGAAGCAGAAUGACCUGUCCUCGGUGCGGACCGAGUUCCAGGCCCAGUACCAGGAGGCUCUGACCCGCCGGCAGCCUCAGCCCAGAACCUCAGCGCCAAGCCUGGUCAGGACUGAUGGGGCCACUGGGGAAGAUGGACCACCGGGACCCAAACACGCAGGACAAACUGGACCCACGCCUCAGGGUGUAGCUGAGAACCAUGGCAACAGAGACAGGGUUGCCAUGGUACCUCCAGCCAUCGAAGCCAUGGAGACCGUCCCAGACGGGGAACGCAGCUCCCCUCGAGAUAAGGGCUCAAACGAGAGUGACCUGGCGGAGGCUCUGUCUCGCGUUGCGCUGUCGGAGCAGUCGGGGACAGAAGGUUCUGGAAUGUCCAGUGGCAGUGUCAGCGGAGGCCACGGUCUCAGAAACCCGCUCCUGGGCAGGCCGACCCAGAAGAAGCCGCACUGCGUGGAGGUGGUGGAGAGGACGGAGAGGUGCGGCUCUGCUGCCAGACCCAAGUUCAAGCCCAACCAGCUGCUCCCCAAAUCGGGGUCCCCCUCCCCCGGUGGGUCCCCGGGCGGUGCGUCGCCCCUCUCCGCCGAGGCCAGGAGGCAACGGGACAGGAAGCACCUGGAUGACAUCACGUCCGCCAAGCUCCCCCCGCUGCACCACGAGCCCGCGCAACUGCUGACCCUGGACGAGGCGUCCGCACUCAUGAGGGAGCAGACGCAGAGGCAGAUGGAGCUGGAGGCCAAGAUGGCUGCCCAGAAGCUGUCGGAGAGCCUGAGCUGCAGCAUGGGGUCGUACCACCCGGAGGGCGGGUCGCUGGGGGCGUACCGGGAGGUGCGGGACGACGGGGCCUCCGACGACGAGCAGUAAUCCUCCCGCUCACUACGGGG